AUGCUACUCCGAACCAAAUUGCGGCCGAGGGUAUUGCGGCUCACAGCUUAUCGCGCAACCCGUUUCACGUCCGAAAUCCCAUUCAUUCGCAUUCAAGAUGGAACAUUUUACAAGAAAUACCCAACCACCGAAGAUUCGUCCAAUCCACCUCUCUUCCCGAACCUGAACUUCACUCUACCCGCUACACCCGGCUCAAGCAAGGCUCCUCUGCAACACUGGGCUAUUAUUGGUCCAUCUGGCCGAACCGACCUCCUCCAUAUCCUCCAGGGCCAACACAUCUGCAUCCCGCCCAACGCACGUUCAUACCCAUACCUCCUCACGGACGAGAUCGACGAGAAGGACCCACGGUUACGCGUAGUGGAAAAUGCAAUCCAAUAUGUUGGAUUCAGUGGCGAGGGCUCGGGGGCCAUUGGGGGAAUCCGUGGCGCAUAUCUCAGUGCACGCUAUGAGAGCUAUCGGGAGGAAACCGACUGGACUGUGCUGCAAUACUUGCGUGGCCAGACCUCUUUGAACCCGAUGGAGGGCGAGGAGGAAGGCACGCUACAUGAUGAGGAAUUUCUCACCCGGACCUUUCGAAGUCUUGACCUAAGAACUCUGGUCAACUUGCCAGUCUCGAGUCUGAGCAAUGGUCAAACCCGCCGAGCGCGAAUUGCAAAGGCGAUUCUAAGCAAACCAGAGCUAUUGCUUCUUGACGAGCCAUUUAUGGGAUUGGACCCGGUGGCAGUGAGAAAGCUAUCUAAACUUCUUCAUGAGCUAGCGAAGAAAAACGCCCCGCGGCUCAUUUUAGCUCUGCGCCCCCAGGACAAGGUGCCGGACUGGAUCACACAUAUUAUGGUUGUGGGCAAUUCCCAUAAAGUUCUCCUCCAAGGGCCAAGGGCGGCUAUCGAAGACACGCUCAAUGUCUGGAGCUACGUUGCAAAUAAGUCUAAGCCGGACUCGCUGCCCGAACAGCAAACGCAAAUAUUAAACAAAUGCAAAGCAGACUUGAAGACUGGUGUCUUGGACAAAGAACUCCUUGGGGAUUUGGUGGCGCAUACGAAUGAGAUAAAGUCCUCAGAAGUCCAGGCCCCAUUGGGCGGAGAGCCAGUCAUUGAUAUGGAAGGAGUUCGCGUCCAGUAUGGGAACAAGAUAAUACUCGGUAAUUGGCAGCAGAAGGUGAAUGACGAAAAUAAGCAUGGGCUGCACUGGCGAGUUCGUCGGGGCCAACGCUGGGCGAUCCUCGGUCCUAAUGGGUCAGGCAAGACAACCUUACUAUCAAUGAUCACAUCCGACCAUCCGCAGGCGUAUGGGGAGCCCAUUAAACUUUUCGGACGAUCCAGGCUUCCGGAACCUGGCAAACCAGGAAUUUCAAUCUUUGAACUGCAGUCCCGCAUUGGACACUCAUCGCCGGAGAUCCAUGCGUUCUUCCCGCGUCAAUUAUCAAUCCGUGAAGCGCUUGAGACUGCCUACGCCGAGACCUUCCUCUCAAGGCCGAAGCUGAACAUUGAACGAGAUCAAGACAUAUCUGCAGUCCUGCAUUUCUUCAAGCCCCAGCUUGAUCCGAAUUACGUCACGAGCGAGGUGCCAAAAAUAUCGACUGCCGGUCUCCCGCCCCUCGUGAAGCGGUCUCACGUUAGGCUAGAGACAUACGCACUAAUAGAUCACGUUGUUGGGUACGCGGAUGAGAUUCUCUUUGGUGAUCUCACCCCCGCACAACAACGCAUUGUGCUUUUCUGUCGGGCAAUCGUCGCCAGGCCGGACAUUGUUAUCCUCGACGAAGCUCUCUCGGGCCUAUCUGCAACACAGCGUAACAGGUGCUUGCAAUUCUUGGAAAUUGGCCAGAGACCUAAACGCCGUGCCCCUAAUGCCGUACCCCGUUCUCUAGCGGAGUCACAAUUCCGGUACACUGGUCUUACGGAGGAUCAAGCCUUGAUCAUGACUAGCCAUGUGGCUGAGGAGAUUCCUGACAGUGUCCGCUACUACAUGCGACUGCCGUCUCCUGCAGGCACGCGUGUCGAUGCCCUUGAUUUCCGUUUUGGCAUUCUUCAGUCUAAAACUACCCUAAGACAGCCUCAGACCUGGGAGGCAGCCUGGUCUCCUCCAGAGGCUUUCGUCAAGCAUGCCCGCAGGACGUGGCGUCGCAAACAACAUACUUUGCCGGUACAGGAUAUAAGUGAAUUCGAAUGGUGGUCGAUAUAG